UCUUAUAACAUUUUACUUCCUUCUACACAGACCGACACGAACAAACCGAAAAAGAAGACGUCGCUAACUUUCCAAUGCUGUCGUCAACAGUCGCGUUUCGAGUGUAGUUUUGAUUACAUUCUCGUCGUAAAAGCUGCGGCAUGUGGCGGGUUGUGUCCAAGUGUUGAAGAAUCGCGGAUAAACGUAGACUCGAGCGUGUAGGCCUCCGAAGAAAGUUUGGUCUCGGGCCUGUAAACAACAUGUCCUCCGCCUCGCAGUCUUCCUCUAGACGGCAGUGGUGCUACCUCUGCGAUCUGCCCAAGAUGCCCUGGGCCAUGCUAUGGGAGUUCAGCGAAGCCGUGUGCCGGGGAUGUGUCAACUACGACGGAGCGGACCGAAUAGAGCUCCUCAUCGAAACGGCCCGGCAGCUGAAGAGCACCCACGGCGUUUUAGACGGCAGGUCCCCCGGUCCUCAGCAGAGCAAACCCAGCUCGGCCGGGCCCAUUGAAGCGGGGCGGCAGCAUGGAGAGCGCAUCGACAGGGGGAGGGGUGAGUAUGGGGUCUCUUCUCGUCUCCCCAACGGCCUACACAGAGCUGAAGAUGUGGCCUUGUCGGAGGGGAGCCGUCAGAGUCCGAAUACUCGGCGGGCGAUGGCAGGAGCGGUCCCCAAUCUGCACGGGACCAUAUCCCAUGCUUUGAUAGCCCAGGGGUUGGUAGCGGCCCCUCAUGGGCUCUUAGCCCCACUAUCAGGCUCCAGAGCUGGGGCCACACCUAUUGCGGUCUCAGCUGGUCCCAUGAUGGGUGAUGCUGGUAGAAGACAAGCAGUGUCCCUGGGCGUGGGAGCCAGCACCUCUACUCUGGUGGGUAUAGAUCCUGCAGUGUGGAGGAACAAUGAAGUCAUGGCUGAACUAAAUGAGAUUGCUCGUAGUCGUGUUGAAGGCUGGCCAAACCGUCCCAAGGCAGUCAGGGAUGUACUUGUAGCCCUCAGCAGCUGUGUCCCCUUUAAUGUGCGCUUCAGGAAAGACCAUAAUCUGAUGGGCCGAGUCCUGGCCUUCGAUGCCAGUACAACUCCAGAGUUUGAGCUGAAGGUGUUUGUGGAGUACCCCUGUGGUUCUGGGAUGAUCUUCUCAGGAGUUCCAGAGCUGGUCAGGCAGAUGUUCCGCGAUUCAGCCAAAGAUGCAGGUAAAGCUGUGAACUCUGGGCUACGUUAUGUGGAAUACGAGAAGCGGCAAGGCACCGGAGACUGGCGUGGGCUGUCUGAGUUGCUGAAUGACGGGGUGCGUCUGUUCAAAGAGCCUCCGAUCCCAGAGGUUCUCCCCCAGCCAGAUCCAGUACAUGCCAUGGCUGCCGCUGGCCGUCCUGUAUCAGCAAAGAGCACGACUCGUCGCCGCAAGGCUUCUCCAGGCUCUGAGAAUGGGGAGAGCGAAGGGAGACCAGAUCACACAGGGAGGGAGCCGUGGCCCCGUGGUGUGUACCCAGGCAUGGAGCCCCUUCCUGCCAUGGCAGCUCCUCAGGAGGGGCCUCCUCGUUUACACAGCCAGCCGUCGCCCAUCUCUGCGCUCAUGGGUGUUGCAGACAGCCUGAGCUCCAGCCAGAUGGCCAGAGACAGCCCCAGCAUGUCCACAGCCCACUCCUCCACAGCCGGGCGCCCCCCUAGCAGCAGCCCCUCCACCGCCUCCACCUCAGUGUCCCAGGCUGCCAUGGGGCAGGGCUCUGUUGCUGGGGGGCCAAGCAGCAACACUAGUGGUGGAGAGUCGACGAGCGGCGCCCAGGGAACCCUGCUCUGCUGCACCCUGUGUCGAGAGCGUCUGGAAGACACUCACUUCGUCCAGUGUCCUUCUGUCCCUCACCACAAGUUCUGCUUCCCCUGCACCCGAGGGUUCAUCCGCAGCCAAGGCCAGGGGGGGGAGGUCUACUGCCCCAGCGGAGACCGCUGCCCCCUGGCUGGAUCCACCGUGCCUUGGGCCUUCAUGCAGGGAGAGAUCUCGACGAUCCUGGCCGGAGACGGAGACGUGACAGUAAAAAAAGAGAACGAUCCUUGACGGCUCCAUCCUGUUGAUGAAUGUGGAUCAAACACUUUGAAAGCACUUCCCUAUGAUCUGAAGCGGAGGUCGACUGUGAGCCUCCGAGACCAGACAAACUCUGAACCCUUGAGAGAACAGCUCCACAAACACUUAACAAAGACACAAAGCCCCCAGACCCACUCAUCCGAGGGACACAGCUCACCUGACGCAGGUGGGAAUGUUACGUCACGGCUGAAUGUUGAAUCUGUCCUGAGCAGAGCUGCAGAGGCCUUUCACCAGGCGUCCAUUCACAAGUCCAGGAUCGAAAGCACACGCUUCUUUAAACAAUGACAAUCUGUUUUUUUUCUUUCAUUCGUUUGUGUUACUAUUAUAUACUUUGCGUAAUGUUCGAUGCAGAUGGAUGACACUGAUGUUCAUAGAUGGUUUGAGAAUCGUGUAUCUCCUUGACAAACUAAUGAAUGUCCAAAAUGUGGCAAAACCAUUGGGUCCUUAAAGCCAAGGAUUUGGAAAUGUAACCCCACAGUAUGUCUCUUAGGUAUUUCCCUUAUCGUAUGUCAAAAAUGUGAAUUUACUUUCAAUAUGGCUAUGUAAUUUCUAUUUUUGAUACAAUACAAAUUUCUAUGUAUUUGUUUAUAGUGAUGAGAAGACCAAAGAUGGCUUCAUGCUCAGUGUAAUUUUAUGUCUUGUAGCUGUGUACGCUGUAUUCACUGAUAACCUUGGCAUCAGUCACUAAUUUGUUCAUCUAUCACAGAUGUAAGCUUGCUUUGUCUAUUUACUUUUUGAAUUAUAUGUAUGGUAAAAUAAUUAGCACCACAAUCUUCAAUGGUUAACCCACAUACUCAUGUGAUCGUACUUGGUCAGCUCUAUAAUAAACGACAAAAAUAGUUCUAUUAUUA